AUGGACACACGUAAUUCUCACGACAUUCCAAGUCUCAACGACCCCCAUGCUGUACCAACAGAUCCCUAUCGUGGACGCGCGCAACCAAUUCACAAUCUGCCUAUAAGAGUCGAAGCUCACGAAGAAGACAUACCUACUGAUAGCUAUGCCCUGGCAGUCGCAGAUCACGAAGAGAAAGGUGCAGCACAACUAGAUCAUGGAAAUGUUGAAGUGCGAGAUUUGGGCUGGAAUGAUCAUCCUGACGAUGUUCCCACCCCUCUGGUCGGAGGUCUACCAAACGAAGAGUUAUGGACUUUAGUUCGACGAUUCAACAAGCAGAUGUAUCAUGUCAAAUCGUUGCCAGAGCCACCACUUGGAGGCCUGGACUUAAAUAUUGCGGAUGAAGAGGAAUUCUCACCAGAUAAGUUGAGGGCAAAUGUAGAGCGGUUGUAUAUGACAGUGAUAGUCGGGCUUGUGACCUUUUGGAAACAUAUUGCAAGGUUAAGGUCGUGGAGAGAAAGAGAUCGAACAAUUGCUUUUGCAUCAGUCUACUUCCUGGCUUGGCUUAUAGACUUCCUAGUGCCGACGAUUGUUGGCUUUUUGAUCGUGCUUAUAGCGUGGCCGCCAGCAAGAGAAUACUGCUUUCCUCCAGCACCACCGGCACUUAUUGACAGCUCAACAGGAGGAAUUAAGAAGCCGACCGCAGGCGUGCUGGGUAACGACACUAGCUUGACUGGAGCGCCCGAAAAGUAUCGAGGAGAGGCGGUUGAGAAAGAAGCUAGCAACUUCGUGAACAGCUUUACCUCCAUUGCAAUUAGUAGUACAGCAGGGAAACACCCUCAGGGAGAUCCAUCUGGUGAUGAGGCGGCGCCCAGUGCCCUCGAAGAUGCAACACCAGACCUAACAAACCUUGCAGUCCAUGCCGCAGAUGCAAAGGGAAGCAGUGCAGGGGAUCAAACAAAUAGCCUACAUGAUAAAACAAAGGAGCCAAUGUCUGCAGCAAUAUGGUCAAAAACCCGACCUGUCAUGCAUGCCAUUGCUGACAUAUCUGAUGGAUGGGAAAGAUUUGCAAAUGCAUUAUCUCCAACAGCACCAUUCCCUCAUGACAAACCUCGACUUAAGCUCGCUGGCUGUCUUGCGCCUUUACUCCUCAUCUCUAUGUUUACUAGUACCUAUGUGUUUAUGAAACUGAAUGGGCUUUUCAUCGGGUUCGGAUUUUUUGGAGAUCCAUUGAUUUGGAGAGGGCUUUCAUACUUGAAUCGCGAAUUCCCGAAUUGGCAAAAAUUGUUGGAGAUUAGAAACACUUUGCUGAAAGGUGUCCCAACAAAUGCCCAACUUACAAUCACAUUAUUGCGAAUUGGUGAAGCGAAUAAAGCUCCCAUUCCACCACCUCCGUCUUCGUCUCUACCGCCACCUGACGUCGCGCAUGCUACAGCAGGAGAGGAUCUCGAUCACCUUGGUGUAUCCGAGGCAGAAAUGGCUGAUGCCAUCAAUCCCGACAUGCAUGCGACCACAACCAGUAUAGAUCAGUCAAAACCCAAGAAGAAAGGCCACCGUCUGUUGGCGGCCUUUAAAAGUGUUACUAAAGGUGGUGUCGAGACUGCCCUAGGAACGGAUAGACUGAAAGCUGCGGCUGGAGCAGAACACGCGAAAAAUCGUCUUGGUGUUUUGAAGGAUGGGACGGACGAUCCGGCGGGCCCUAUACGCUUUCCCUCUAGAUACAAGGGUCGAAAAGGACAUGCAUAUUUCACAGCCACCGCAACAACCCCGGCUUUGAGCUGGACGACGGAGAAAGAGGACAUUGAUCCUGUCUUCUCCAUAGCGAUAGCUGACAUUAUGGAGAUAAAGAAGGUUGGUGGGCUAGGCUGGAAAAGUAAGCUUGUAGUAGGAUGGGCUACAUCGCGAGAAAUUGCGGAUGGACUUCUUGUCAUCGGCAAAGCUGGGGACCGAAAACAACUUACCGCCAUCGCAUUACGGGAAGAAUUAUUCAAUCGCUUGAUUUCAAUGGGUGCACAAAUGUGGGAAGCAUGGUAG